GACAGUGGGGGGGACCUUGGCACGGAGUUGGACCAAACUCUAAAUAUAGCCCAACCCACUUUCUGUGCAGUUCUCUUCAUACUCUGAAGGCAGAUGACCUUGUCAGAAAACUGACCUCCUGGUAUGUCCCCCUCUUAGUGGAGAAGAUCUAAGGGAACAGGACUGCAGCAUAAAGCGACAGAAAAGCAAUCCACCAUCUGCUUGCAGCAAAUGAAUUUAGAUCCUUCAGAUGAUGAAGCUAUUGAAAAAGCAAGUGAAAACAGGACAGCAACACAUCAAGAUUCAGAUUCCAAGCCUGCUGUGAAAAAGAAAAGAAAGCAGCCUACAGAGUGUUUUUUAAGUCAACCUGAAGAAAAGCAAGAGAGUGCUGUGAAGGCAAAGAGGAGGAAGAAGAAGAAGAUUUCUGAUGUUCUGCAAAAAUCUGCUCCAAAACCUGGUGUCCCUGCAGAUCUACAAAAUCUGCUUAGUCAACAUUUUGGGGAAAACCGUUCUGUGAUUGAAAUAGAGGAAUUAAAGCUGUCAGAUUCCUGCUUUUUGCCAGCCAAUGAUCUUACCCACAGUUUUUCUUCAUACCUGAAGGAAAUCUGUCCUAAGUGGGUGAAGCUUCGGAGAAGCCACAAGGAGAAGAAGUCAGUGGUGAUGCUGGUUCUCUGCAGCUCUGCCCUCCGCUCCUUGGAGCUCAUCAAGUCAAUGACAGCCUUUAAAGGAGAUUGCAGAGUCAUCAAGUUGUUUGCAAAGCACAUAAAGAUAAAGGAACAAAUGAAUAUGUUGGAGAAAGGCAUGUUCCACAUUGGGGUUGGAACUCCUGGGAGAGUAAAGACACUAGUGGAGCAAGAUGCCCUGUGCUUAAACUCUACUAAAUAUAUGAUUCUCGAUUGGAACUGGAGAGAUCAGAAGCUGAGGAGAAUGAUGGACAUCCCUGAGAUAAAGAAAGAAACAAUUAACCUACUGGAGAAGAGUAUUAUAAAGCUGUGCAGAGAUGGAUCUGUGAAGCUGGGACUCUUUUAAUGAGUUUACCAACAAGGAAGUAAUUUGCAGCUGCAUUUUACUGUUAUCCUGCCUGCAACUGAAUUUUGACUUUUCAGAGGUCUCAAUACAGAAGGCACAUUGCAACUUUGUCUGAGUUUUCUUUUAAUAAAAACCCAGAAGUUUUGUUUGUAGUUCUAGUAUUAUUUUUAUUGCAGGAACAAUGUCAUACUGAAAUCUGAGUUACACUUCUUUCACCUGCUAGAUGUACUAAUACAUGUCACAAGUUAGACUUUGAAGAUGAGCAAAUAUGUGUAUGAAAGCUUUUGCACAGCUCAGUUUUCUGUUCCCUCCCUGUGCUGUCCCAAAUGAGACAUGUAUUUCUCUCAUGAGUGGUAAUCUACUUGCUCUUGGAGGGUCUUUGAAAAAGUUAUAUGAAUUUCAGUAACAUGUUCAAAAGGUAUUUUUCACCUAUCUGUUGUUCUAGAGCUAACCAAAUGCUGCUUUUUGCUUUUACAUGAUAAAUUAUCUGUAUAUUAUACUGAGAUUUUAUUUUGGUUUAACUGUUGAAGUGUGCAAAAAGUAUUCUUAUGUUUGUCCAUUUAAAUUAAAAUGAGGUGAUCUCUGC